GAGGGGAUUGGCUCCGCGUCCCCUUCCCGUUCCUCAGGCACUCGGGGGGAGGAGGUGUUUGCAUUUCUCCGCAGGAGCCGCUCGGUUUGCGGAGCAUUGUCUGGGUACGAGAAGCACACACACACAUACACACAUACAGACAGACAGACAGACAGACAGACAUACAUACAUACAUACAGCGAUACGGGGGGAGCGCGGCAGAGCCUCGACCCGCAGGCAGGCAGCAUCCGAGCCGGCCCGAAUCCCCUUCACCUCCCCCAUUUCCCGAGCGAGAAUAACACCCCCUUAAAAAAAAAAAAAAAAAAGAAAAAAAAGAAAAAGAGAGAGACUCUUCCCCCCACCUCCAAAAAAAAAAAAAAAGUUUGCAAAUCUCCUGCUUGCCUUCCUGCUUUUUUUUUUUUUUUUUUAAUUAUUAUUUGGAUUUAGCGAUGGCAAAUUCCUUCACGGCCGGGACCUGGCCCAUCCCCUGAGCAAAGCAGCCUGGACAUGACCGGCAGGCGAGGGAGGAGGAAUUGUGGUUCCCUCUGGAGGCUCCGACCCUCCCCCCUCCUGCUCCUCCGGCCGGUGCGAGCCCGGCGGGGGCAGCCCGGCUCCGGCCGCUCCGUUCACCCGGAGCAGCUCCGCGUUCCCCCGCGCCCGGCUUCGGCCCCGCCCCGGCACGGCACGGCGGGAUGCAGCAUCUCCAGCACCGGGACGGAUCCCUGCUGCAAUGAGGUUUGAGCCUUGACGUGAAGACAUUGACAAGCAGAUCUGCAAAGAGUGUGUGCUUCAGCCCUAAUUAACCGUGUUAAAAAAGCUAAACUUGACUAAAGAUCAAAAUCAAGAGACAAAGAUGGCCAUCAGUUGGAAGACCUGCUUCUUCACUCUCGUAUUGCUUCCCAUGGUAACAGCAACGCAUUCCAACUGCAUAAUUAAAAAGGAGCAAGAAACCUGUCUGGAGAAAAUACGGAGGGCAGCUGCCCUGAACCCUCUUAAUGACUCUUCUCCAGGCUGCCCAGGAAUGUGGGACAAUAUUACAUGCUGGAAACCUGCAAGUGUGGGUGAAAUUGUCUUUGUCAAGUGUCCUGCGCUGUUCAGAUUUAUCAUCUCUGAAGACGGUUGGGAAGUAGACAACUUGGGGCAAACUCAUGCAGGUGAUUAUGACCUGCUGGAAAGCACAGCCGAGACUCCCCUAGGGGACAUCAGCAGAAAUUGCACUGAAGAUGGCUGGUCUGAACCUUUUCCUCAUUAUUAUGAUGCCUGCGGCUUUGAUGAAAAUGAAACAGAGUCAGACAACCAGGAUUACUACUACCUAUCCGUGAAGGCUCUGUACACAGUUGGAUACAGCACGUCUCUCGUUUCCCUCACCACCGCCAUGGUGAUCCUGUGUCGUUUCAGGAAGCUUCACUGCACUCGGAACUUUAUCCACAUGAACCUCUUUGUUUCAUUCAUCCUACGUGCAAUAUCUGUAUUCAUUAAAGAUGGGGUUCUUUAUGCUGAACAAGAUGGCAACCACUGCUUUAUCUCCACUGUGGAAUGCAAAGCAGUGAUGGUGUUUUUUCACUACUGUGUCAUGUCCAACUACUUCUGGCUUUUCAUUGAGGGAUUGUACCUUUUCACGUUAUUGGUGGAAACCUUUUUCCCAGAGAGGAGGUAUUUCUACUGGUACACCAUUAUUGGCUGGGGCACCCCGACAAUUUGUGUCACUGUCUGGGCAGUGCUGAGGCUUCACUUUGAUGAUACUGGCUGCUGGGACAUGAAUGACAACACUGCCUUGUGGUGGGUGAUCAAAGGUCCUGUGGUUGGGUCAAUCAUGAUAAACUUUGUGCUUUUUAUUGGCAUCAUUGUGAUACUUGUGCAGAAACUCCAGUCACCUGACAUUGGAGGCAAUGAAUCCAGCAUUUAUUUCAUCUUGCUGGAAAGAAAGGAGAGACAUGGCAUAUAUCAUAGGAGAUUGGCUCGCUCUACGCUACUGCUUAUCCCCUUGUUUGGAAUUCACUACACGGUGUUUGCUUUUUCUCCGGAAAAUGUCAGUAAGCGGGAGAGACUAGUGUUUGAAUUGGGACUGGGAUCUUUCCAGGGUUUUGUUGUUGCUGUUCUCUAUUGUUUCUUGAACGGGGAGUUUCUCCCUAAAGGUGCAAUCAGAAAUAAAGAGAAAAUGGAGGAGCUGGAAAGUCAACCGGUAUUUUGCUGUGGAUUUCAAACAUCGUCAUCCUUCUCUAGCGAGCAGCGGAGUGAACGGGGGGACACAACUCUCCAUUCUGAGCAAGAGCAGCUCUCAGAUUCGGAUGUCCAGCAUAAAUGCGGAGAAUCUAGCGACAUGAGCAGCUAAGGAAAACAAAUCAAUCAACAAGCAAACCAAAAACCAUCACUUCAAAAAGAAAACAACAAAAAAUAAGCAUAGUUUUGGUGGUGGUGUAGGCUUCCUUCCUUUUCCUUUUCCUUUUCCUUU